GGCUGCAGCCACUGUCACAGGCGAGGAGCAGCUCCCGCGGACCGGACGGGGCGGGCGCCCGGGCAGCCUGCACGGUACCUCGGGCCCGCAGCCCAGACGGCGAGGAACCUUCGCCCCGGGGCGGGGAUCGCGGCUGCUCGUACGAGAGGAAGAGACUGAGGUUCAGAGUGGAGAUAUGACUUGCCCAGGAUGGGUACAUAGGAGAGCCAGCACCUCCACUUGAAUUUGCCUGAUCCCAUAUGCUCUUCACACCUCACGUGGCUGUAAACUCCAAGGAAUAGACUAUGAGCUGCAGGCCCUCCAUCACUAAGUUACAUUCAGGGCCAAAGCCACACCUUGGAUUUACAGUCUAUCUAGGCCAUGAGAAGAAGAUGCUAAUUAAAGCCAACACCGUGCGGGCCGGCGUCCAGCCAGUGGCCGGGAAGAUGAGCACCUGCGGGAGGAAGGCGCUGACCCUGCUGAGCAGCGUCUUUGCCGUCUGCGGCCUGGGCCUCCUGGGCAUCGCCGUCAGCACCGACUACUGGCUGUACCUGGAGGAAGGCGUGGUCCUGCCCCAGAAUCAGAGCACUGAGGUCAAGAUGUCCCUGCACUCGGGCCUCUGGCGGGUCUGCUUCCUGGCAGGUGAGGAGCGGGGACGCUGCUUUACCAUAGAAUAUGUGAUGCCCAUGAACUCCCAGCUGACGUCCGAGUCCACAGUCAAUGUUCUAAAAAUGAUUCGCUCGGCCACACCAUUCCCUCUGGUCAGCCUCUUCUUCAUGUUCAUCGGGUUUAUCCUGAGCAACAUCGGGCACAUCCGUCCCCACAGGACAAUACUGGCCUUUGUCUCUGGCAUCUUCUUUAUCCUCUCGGGCCUCUCUCUUGUGGUGGGCCUAGUGCUCUACAUCUCCAGCAUCAAUGACGAGAUGCUCAACAGGACCAAGGAUGCAGAGACCUAUUUCAACUACAAAUACGGAUGGUCAUUUGCCUUUGCUGCCAUCUCCUUCCUUUUAACAGAGAGUGCAGGGGUGAUGUCUGUGUACCUGUUCAUGAAGAGGUAUACGGCCGAGGACAUGUACAGGCCUCACCCUGGCUUCUACCGUCCACGUCUGAGUAACUGCUCCGAUUACUCCGGCCAGUUCCUGCACCCAGAUGCCUGGAUCCGGGGCCGCAGCCCCUCCGACAUCUCCAGCGACACCUCCCUUCAGAUGAACAGCAACUACCCAGCCUUGCUCAAGUGCCCCGACUAUGACCAGAUGUCAUCUUCUCCCUGCUGAACCCCAGCACCUCCCUGCCUGGACUGUGGACAGCCAGACAGCCCUUGCCCUCCUCCCCUGAUGGCCCUUGAGCCCCAAGCCUGUGGUUGCCAAGCCCAGGCCACCCGCUGCUUAGCCCUGUUGUUUGACCACAUUCUCUCCCUGCUUCUCCCAGAGUAGCUCACACCUCCCGUGGAUGUCAGGACCCUGGAGCCAGGGAGCACACUGAUUGGCUGAGAGCGUAGGUGAAGCCCCGCCUCUGGGGUGCCAAUCCCCGCAGUGGCUCAGCAGCGCCCCCUGCCCUGGAGAAGCUGGUGUUCUGGUUGUUAUUGUACCCACACUCCCAACUCCACACCCGGCCAAGGCCAGUUCUGAGAUGCUGAGUCCCUGAUGUAGCAACAGGACUAGAGUGCUUGCCACCUGGCCUGGCCUCACGUUCGUGACCUGGGCCAUCCAGCCGAAAAAUGACUCUGAGAGGGAGGUGUGGCUGGCUCUGAGAAGUGUCGCCGGCAUUCCCCCUGAAAUGCUGUCUCCUUUUUUUUUUUUUUGUCACACACUUCCCUCCACAAAACACACCUGCCUGCGGAACCCCACCACCCAGGCGAUGGACCUUCCCUCAUCCCGUCCUCCAGAGCCCAGCAGCCCUGAACCCAGGCAUUAAGGCUGGGUCUGAGGCCACGCUGAUGAACUCACAAAGAGGUGUUUGGCAGCUGUCUUAAUAGCAUGGCCCCUUAAUCACAGAUUCAACAGGGGCCUUUAAUGCCUUAACCCAAAGAGGGGACUCUGUCAAUGAGAAUUUGAGAAUUCAGUUGGUCUGGGUCAGUAGUACCAGGUACUAUGUCUGUUCCUGGAGGUACUGUCCCUGUGUACAAGGGCCAUAUUUCCCACUGAAGGCCCUACAGUCUAAUCACAUAGACAGGUGUCUAUAUCACCUAAGUAUAAGGCAACUUUCAAAGGAGCUCCCUGGGAUUUGGAGCUGGAUUUGGUGACACCGGGCGCAUUUGGAGCCUAACCAAGCCAGGCUCAGACUGCUCCAGCUGCCCCCCCCCCCAAGGGAGCCUGUGAACAUACUGCCGCAGUCUGGCUGGGCACACAAUCACAAGCCACCACACAGCUUGUAGAUUCAAACAGCAACUCUUUAUUCCCGAACUCACACCAGCCGUCUACAAUCACGUUCUGGGGAAAUCCACGUUCUCUGCCCAAAUCCACGUUCUCUGCCCAAAUCCACCUCCACUGGGCUUCUGUCUCACAAAAUAUACUGUCUAAAUCCCGUGAGAACUCAAGGGGAACUCAGGCAGCAGGAUACGCCCUAUUCCCAGCAGGAAUAAUCUUAAACCUUAAACCUGGAACCUAAACUGGGAACGCCCUAAACACGAUUAUCUUAAAACCGGGAACACCCUAAUCUGCCUUGGUCCUUGAGCAAGGUCACCUACAUUCAAUGUCACUGCAACAUGUCAGCAACAUGGGGUACGCUGGCAAGGAAAUUGUCAUACCUACUUGGCUAAUGGCUCCCAGCACAUACUCCUAGAACCCUAAUAUAGGUGAACAUCUGACAUAGUAGGCAAGUCAGGUGCUUCCAGAAGAACAGGUGGGUGACACCUGUUUUCCUGGGGUGAACCCUAGCUAGGAGUCAGGAAACCUCUGUGAAGUUCCCAGGAGGAAAAUGGCGGAGGAACCACUGCCACCAUGACCCACUCCGAUCUCCAGGAGUUGGCUCAUCUUGUACAUUUUUGAUUUUCAGGCUUUAGAUAGAAAAACAAUAUCAUGCUCUCCUCGCUGUGCAUUUUUUGCCGUGUCUACUUUUCUCUUGGAGAUGCCAUUAGAUACAGAGCCACUGUGGAGGGGUCUGGCACGAGGUACAGGAAGCCAUCCCGCAGGCGCCUGGGGAAAGGCAGCGUCUUAUUCAACUCAGGCUGCCAGAAACCACCAAGACUGAGAGGCUCAAACAACAGAAGUUUACUUUCUCAUGGUUCCCGAGACUGGAAGUCAAAGGUCAAGUUGUUGGCUGGACUGGUUUCUUCUAAGGCCUCCUGCUUGGCUUGCAAAUGGCCUCCUUCUUGCUGUGACUCCCACAGUCUUCCUGCCCAUGUGCCCCCGAGGUCUCUUGGUAUGUCUAGAUUCCCUGUUAUAAACACGCCAACCAAUUAGAUUAGGGUCCACCGCAAUUAACUAGAUGAUCAAUUUUAAUUUGAUCACCUCCUUAAAGGUCCUGUCUCCAAACAUAGUCAUAUUCUGAGGUCCUAGGGAUUAGGGUUUCAAUGUAAGAAUUUGGGAGAGGACAUGACUUGGCCCUUAGCAGGCAGGUUGGUUCAUAGCUGGAUUAUGCCAUCUGCUUCAGCAUGGUAGAGGGCAAAGAAGAGAAGCCAACCACUGACUCACCAGGGACCCUGGAGCAACCCCUCCUGCUCUGAGGAGCUUGGUGGAAAUUGCUUCCAAGCCCAUUCCCCAUAUACCCACCCACAACUCUAAUGAUUCAGUUCAUUUUGCUUUGUGUGUGACUUUUCAACCCCUGUCUAUCAACUGGUAGCAACCACAAGGCCCAGCUCCCAUGCCAUCGGCACCCUGUGAUGAUCCUCGUGUUCUUUGGUUACUGUGGGCAGAACAACGCCCAAGCCACUGUGCCACCCGUAGCAAAGGAGUCAGUCAGCGUGCUUGGAGGCAACGGGGAAGCACUUCCAAGCUGGACAAUGGUUUAGAUGCUGUCUACUCCAAUUUUUGUCAUUGUAAUUAGCUCCUAAGAUGUCCUUUUCUCUCUCUAAAAGACUCUUUCUCUGUCACCAUGCCAGGCUUGUUUUUGUGCACACAGGAAAAAAUAGAAUCCACUCCUAAAUAUAAGCUGCUUUUUGACUGUGGCAUGAUUAGGAUGGAACUUUACCAGACUGGAGGAUGAGGGGCCACAUCAAGGAGAGUCUGCAGGUUGCUUAGGGACAGGCCAUGUUCUCCUCUCCUGCAGGUUGGGGCCACCAGUACUGUCUCAUUUCCCAUCUAUAAAUCAAUCUCAGAACCAGAGCCUAUUUUGUAAGUUUCUCCACAAUCAAAAGAUUUGUAUGUCAAACAUACAAGUAAAAAAACUCAACUCAGAAAUCAUAUAUGAUGCCAAAGUACUGUGGAUUAUAUAAAUAAAUAUGAAUAAAUAUCAUUCCCAGACGUC